AUGAAAAUGAAACCGAAUCAGAACAUUAAUGAAAGUAAUAAGCAGGAAUGUAAGAGCAGUGCAAAUGCAAAAUUAGCUCACCAGAAGAAAACAAUAAUUUUUAUAUUUGUUGCUAUCAUUGCGGGGAUAAGUUUAAUAACAACAAUCAUACUUGUUUCGAUAGAAUUCAAUCGAAUUUAUCGUCGACUUCGGGAAACUUCAGCAUCGGAACAUCAAACAGUGAACUUUAUAAACGUCUCAACAUAUACCAAUAGUUCUACGUUAACACCAACGAAUUCAAUGAUCGCUGUUCGUGCUCUAGAAGCAUUGUUGGCUAAUACAACGACAGUAGUAACAACAACAACAACGAUAUUUACAUCGGCUUUGAUGAAUAUAACCAACUGA